AUGUUGAGCUCGUGGGAUCUCGUACGACCGCGCUUCUGGUACCCCAUGUCAUCGCUGGAGCAGUCCGUGAUGGAGCUCGAGCAUCUGAGCGACAGCAUCAUGCGUCCGCGAUCCUUGUUUGAUAUGCGCCGAGACAUACUUGCGGUACCAAAGUAUGUUGAAGACAAGGAUGAACCGGUUGACGACGACUUCUUUGUCGACCUGCCGGUGGUGUCGCACACGUACAAGCCGACAUCGUUCCACAUGGCUCCCGAACAGGAUGAAAAGGUCCUCAUGAAUAAGGAAUCUGCGGAGAAUGUCAGCUCGGACAUUGACACAAGUACCGACAUGGAGGUCGAUGAUAAAGGCAAUGAACAGAUGGACCAGGCAGUAGGCUCAGCAUCCGAGCCAGUGAAGACAUUGGAGAAGGUCGAAGGCAAUGACAAGACCAUGGAGACACAUUGCAACAAGAACAAACAGAUCUGUCAUGAGUCUUGCAAGGUCAACUCCAUUGCAGAGCACAAGGUUGCUCCCAAGAGCGACGCUGAGUGCCGCAACUUCUCGUCUUAUUCAUUCAGUAGUUCGUCCGUUUUGGACAACAUGGGUCGGCGAGUGACGACCACGCGUCGCCGCUACGAAGACUCAAAUGGCCAGCUCAAAGCUGUGCAUGAACGGGAGAUUGACGGCAAGAAGCUGCGUACGACAUGGCGUCGUCAAAACAAGGCAGACAAAGGCCAGCACGAGUCUAUUUGCUCUAUUGGCAAUCCAGAUGAGUUUGAGACGCUGUGGCAGGAAACUCCAUUUGGUCGAGCACAAAAAAACACUGUGAAGGACCAAAUUCAGUCGGAGUCGGAUGUAGAGAAAAAGGCUUGUACGAAAGGCCCAGCGAAGAAGACAUCGGUAAAGAAGAGUGAGAACGUGACGACAGAGGAUGAGUGA